GCAUGGCCCGGAGCCCGCCGGCGCUGUGGCUGCCGUCGCUGGUGAUUCUAACGCUGGUGUCCUCUGCCCAAGUUUCCACUGACUACCAGUACUUUGGCCAGCACGGGACAGGUGACACCUGGGAGCUGCUAGGGCUGCAACAACAAAAGGAAGCAGAGGAGGCUUUUCUGGGCCCGUGGGGAAAGUGGCGCUGUUUCUGCGAUCUGGGCAUACAGGAGAGGGACAGGGAGGUCGUCGGCAAAGCAUCCAACCCUGUGUUCCUGAGUCCCGAGGACCUGGUCCAGGUGAAGCCUUGCCAGCCACAGGAUUGUUCAUCUUGCAAACCGAUGGACUGCCACUAGAGGCCCUAGGCCUGGCCUUGAGAGAUGUAGCCCCAGAGACUCGGGGGCGGGGCUCUCAAAACGACCCCGCCCUCCCCAGUCUGCAAGCCACACCCACAGCAGUCGAACUCCUGAACUACAAUUCCCAGGAGGACUCACGGCAACCAAGUCGGCCUCAGCUGCGUCAGCCCCGGCGCCGCCGAGCGCGUUGGGGGCGUGUCCUGCGCGUUGAUUGGUCCGAAUCCAGCCUGACUUCCGGACCCGUGGAAAACGCGCGCUGGGAUUUGAGCUUGCAGGUUUCGAUCCCGCAGCUGGUGGCGGCGGCCGAGGCGGCAUGGAUCUCCGAGAGCUGGAGCGGGACAAUACGGGCCGCUGUCGCCUGAACUCGGCUGUGCCCGCCGUGUGCCGACAGGAACCCUGCGUUCUGGGCGUCGACGAAGCGGGCCGAGGCCCUGUCCUGGGCCCCAUGGUCUAUGCAGUCUGCUAUUGCCCCCUGUCCCGCCUAGCGGAUCUGGAGGCCCUGAAGGUCGCAGACUCAAAGACCCUGUCGGAGAACGAGCGGGAAAGGCUCUUUGCCAAAAUGGAAGAGGACAGGGACUUUGUGGGCUGGGCUCUGGACGUGCUGUCUCCAAACCUCAUCUCUACCAGCAUGCUUGGACGGGUUAAAUACAACCUGAACUCUCUGUCCCAUGAUACCGCUGCUGGGCUAAUCCAGUAUGCCUUGGAUCAGGGUGUGAAUGUUACACAGGUAUUCGUGGACACCGUGGGGAUGCCAGAAACAUACCAGGCGCGGUUGCAGCAACGCUUCCCUGGGAUUGAUGUGACGGUCAAGGCUAAGGCCGAUGCCCUUUACCCGGUGGUCAGCGCUGCAAGCAUCUGUGCCAAGGUGGCUCGAGACCAGGCCGUGAAGCACUGGCAGUUUCUCGAACGAUUGGAAGACUUGGACACUGACUAUGGCUCAGGCUACCCCAAUGACCCCAAGACAAAAGCCUGGUUGAGGAAGCACAUAGAGCCUGUGUUCGGCUUCCCUCAGUUUGUCCGGUUCAGCUGGCGCACGGCCCAGACCAUUCUAGAGAAGGAGGCUGAGGGGGUGAUAUGGGAGGACUCAGAAGCUGCAGCUCCGGAAGGACCUGGAAGGAUCACGUCCUAUUUCCUGCAGGAGGAACCCCAAAAUCGCCCCCGUGGACCCCACCGGUACUUUCAGGAACGGGGCCUGGAAGCAGCCACCAACCUGUAGGAGCCAGCCCUGAGUUAAAAA